AUGUCCGAGAAUCCUGUGGACUUCUUCAGGUCCUUUAACAGGGCAAUGAGAGAACAAUUGGUUAAAACAGACAGCGACAAGAUAGAAGCAUUCAAGGAUUAUCUCAGAACAGGAUUGCAGGCGGAAGCGUGGUUUAAUGGGUUAGGAUUGGCAGAAAAAGCAACAUGGAUAAUGUUCACGACCGUGUUCAGGACACAUUGGCCACCGGUCACAAUAGCAGAGAAGACAAAAGCAGAAUAUAAGCUGGAAUUAUUGGAGCAUGUGCUAAAGAACGAAGAAGUUGGGAAAAGGACAACACUAUAUGACAAGGAGUGUUGGUCACAUGUCGCAUGGGCAGCAAAAGCCCUGCAGCUAGCAAUGAGUGUGGGGAUCGCAAAACACACAUCUAUGAUAUGGCAAGUACAAUGCAACUUGCCAGCCAUCAUCAAGGAUAUGUUGGUCGAGGAUGAAUACAAGGAUUGGGUGGAAUUUACAGAAGCAGUUGUGAAAAUCAAUGGCAUUAGAUUGGUGGAGAGGGUAGAGCAGAAGAAUCUAGAACUCAAGGCGCUAUGA